CAUUCUGUUUUUCGCCUCGGGGAGCUAAGCCGCCGCCAACCCGCUACAAAACCCUCGCCCUCAUCGUCGUCGCCUCCGGCGGCGGCCGCGGCCCCACGCACCGCCCGCUACCCCACCGUGCGCGCCGCGCUUGGCCAGCCCGGCCGCGGCCCCCCUCACCGUCACCGACCAGGUAGGGAGGGCUGGAGCGCAGCCAUUCCGGAGAGUCGUCGCCUCCUCGCACCGAGCGAGCAGGAAGGUAGCGGGGGCGCCGUGCGCGGCGACCAGGCAGGGACGGACGCGGGCAUCCAUCGCCUCGUCGGGCCCCUCCACUCCCUCCCCACCUCGCGCCGCCGGUUGACGCGGCGCAGCCGGAGCCCCCCCAGAGCGCGCGCUGCAUCACCUUCGCCGGCGUUCGUUUCGCCCGUACCUGCGGAGGCGGGUCGCCGACACCGAGCGCCUCCGUCGACGCGACGCCGCGGCCUGUCUGCGACUCCUCCUCCUUUUGCCCCAAGAUGAAUAGAGUCCCUAAAAUCAAGCCUAAAGAAGCUGAUUAUCACGUUCAACAAUUGUAGCAUAUAUGUUGGCAUUAAAUAAAGGAUACAACAUGGACACGAUGUCAGAUAAUACAAGCCACAACAUUUUGUCCCAGGUCAAUGGAAGUUCUCAAAUAGUCAUAACAGACAGCAAGGUCCAAAAACUUGGGAGUUCAGCAAACUAUGUGAAAUAUUAUAAGGGUACUGUUAAGUUUGGUAAAGGACUUAGAAUACAAACCAAAGCAUCUGUGCUUGCAUUUACCUCAUGUGAUGGAGAAGCUGCAGAUGCCUUGUAUGUGCGACUUGUUGCAGUUAAUAGCCCAUUCACAGUCAAACCAUUGUCAUAUGGCAGAGGUAUUCGAAGGUACAGGGAAUACACCUUCUUAGCUGUUCCACCGCCAAGUUGUUUGCUGUCUAACUACACUGAUGGAUUCAAUGAUAAAACUGUCAGUAUGAAGAGAUUCACUGAAGAAUUCAUCAAGAUAACUGGGGAUAUUGUUCGAGCAAUUAUCACCCUUCAUUGCCAAGGUUACUGGUGUUCUGGUUUGAAAGGGAAACACAUAUGCAUCUACAAAAUGGAGAAGUGUACUGAUGCAAAGAUUUGGAGUUUUUGCUUUGCAGGGGGAAAUGAGGCAAAAAAGUCUGAAGAUUGGGUAGACCUUGGCAAAUUGCUUGAGCUUGCAGCGAAAAGAAAUGAUUCGUACACUGCUGAGAUUGAAGAUCUGUGUAAGAAGUUAAAGAACAAAACUCUGAGAGGGAUGAAAGUUCUUAAACACAGUGCAUUGUUGAAUGUACGAGAAAAAUUUGAGAACAUAAUUGCCCUCAAUUUAUUCAUCUUGGUACAUGUAAAAAGUCAACCACAGGUUCCAUCUGGAGAUCCUGAAAAGGACAAGAUCAUUAGCGAACUGGUGAAAUUCAUGAAUGCUAGUUUACAAUGGGCGAAGGCUAUGCCUCACUGGAUAACUCAAAGUUCUAAUUAUCAAGCACCAACCACAGAAACUGGUUUAUCUUUCAUUGAUGGACUAAGAGACCUAUUUGAGCAUGAAAACGAGUAUAUUCCAGAAAAGGUUAAACAAUCCCAAUCGAAAAUCCAAUUAGUUGGUCGGGAUCCAGAUCUGGAAUGUCAGCUUCGUUUAAAUUUGGAAAAGAUUUUUCUCCAAGCUCAAAAUUUUGUUCUUGAACUGGAUAUUGAAUAUUGAGAGUGUAGCGCAUUGCAGUGCAAGGAGGCUAAGCAGUCACGGUUAUGGCGAGCUUGAUGUUUUGGCUAGGGACUAAUGCAAAAGAAGUGUCCAAGCAAAGGUAUCAUGAUCGUGGCUUUCAUUGAGAGCUGAGCUUGCGGCGAGGCAUACUUGCUCAUCUGUAAUGAGCCAUAAGAUACAAAUUUGUUUCAUGCUGUCUGGACCUUAUUCAGAAAUUUGUUAAUCUAUUACUCCCUCCGUCCCAAAAAAAGACAAACCCUAGGUUUCUGUGUCCAACGUUUGAUUGUCCGUCUUAUAUGAAUUUUUUUUUAUAAUUACUAUUUUCAUUGUUGUUAGAUGAUAAAACAUGAUUAAUACUUUAUGCGUGACUUGUCUUUUUAAUUUUUUCAAAUAAGACGGACGGUUAAACGUUGGAUACGAAAACCCAGGGUUUGUCUUUUUUUUUUUUGGACGGAGGGAGUACUUUCUUGAAGGAUAUUAUCUAAUUCAUCUGAUCAUCACAAGCUUUCUAGCCAUUUUCCUUUCCUUCAAUGACAAAAGUACUGACUGUCCCUUGCAUUAAAGAAAACAAAUAGCUCGAUGAAAUAUGUUGAGAACACCCUUUCCAUU